AUGACUCCCGUUCCCCUGUUAUUGGGAAUUGCCUCGAUCGCGGCGUUUGCUCAAGCGGGUAAUUCACCAGGCCUUCCCUUCGUCAUCAACACCUGGGGCGGCGACUUCACCGCGGCUACGGACGCCGCAUUCAAUGCUCUGCAAAAGUCCAAGACCUCAGCUGUCGACGCUGUUGAGAUUGGCGGUUUGACAUGUGAGCGCAAUCAAUGCGAUGGAAGUGUUGGAUACGGAGGCUCUCCCGACGAGAACUGUGAGACGACACUUGAUGCUCUCAUCAUUGAUGGUGAUACCAUGAAUACAGGCGCUGUGGCUGCUCUGCGUCGCGUCAAAGAUGCUAUCUCCGUGGCGAGACAUGUUCUUGAGUACACCAGUCAUUCGCUCCUCGCAGGUGAUCAAGCUACCCAAUUCGCUGUCCAGAAUGACUUUAAAACGACGAACCUCACCACCAAGGCAUCGGCGAAGAAGUGCAAGGAGUGGCAGGCUAGCAAAUGCCAACCCAACUAUCGUGUCAACGUCAGUCCCAACCCCGAACACUUUUGCGGCCCUUACCGUCCAUUAGCAAAGAACAAGCAAGCCCAGCAAAAAGCUCAAUCCUCACACGACACCCUCUCUCUCAUCGCCAUCACCAAAGACGGAAGUCUGGCCGCGGGAACAACCACAAACGGCGCAUCGCACAAGAUCCCUGGACGAGUCGGCGAUGGUCCCAUCGUAGGAAGCGGCUCCUACGCUGACAGUUCGCUCGGCGGCUGUGGCGCCACAGGCGACGGCGACAUCAUGCUCCGUUUCCUCCCCUGCUACCAAGCGCUCGACAGUCUGAGUCGGGGUCUAUCUCCCAAGGAAGCAGCCGAAGAUGCGGUUCUUCGCAUGGUGCGCAAGUUCUCUGAUCUCAAGAGCGGUAUUGUCGUGGUGGAUCGGUACGGGAACCAUGGUGCUGCGGGGAGUGGAUGGGAGUUCACGUACAGUUACCGGGGUGGGAAGAUGAAGAAGACCAAGGUCGUCAAGGUGAAGCCGGUGCAGGAGGUUUGA